CGUUCGUGCGCGGAGGGUUUGUUUGCGUCCCGCUUGGCCCCGCGCCCCCUCCAGACCCCGCCCCGCAGCAGCUAGAUAGAGAAGAGCUGGUGUUAGAGUGAGACGACGCUAUGGCAGUGUCGCAACCUCGCCCACCUGACCGUGUUGACGCCGCGUUCGAAAAAGUUGCGCCGUUGCGCUAUUUGGAGGCGCACGAAUGUGCUUGCUCGGAGCUCACAGUGACGCGUUAUUAUCAUAAACCCUUGUCUUAAAACUGUUUUUUGAAUCGUCAGGUGGAAUAACGUUUCAUAAUCCGUAUUGACGUUCGAUUUGGACGCUGAAUAUUACUGGUGAUUGUGUGAUGGAAGGCUGAUCGCCAUGAUGAAGAGAACGGGUCCCCGCUUGGGCCCUGAUGAGCCCUCGCAGCUUACCCCUUCACCCGCUCAGAUACAACAGGCGGGUGCGAGCAACAUACAUAAUAUAAGUCAAUCGGGACAACCACAAUUGUUGGGUGCAGCUACUAUGCUGUCUGUGGGCGGAAACUUCAGCCGUCCACGUGGUAAUCCGCCCGUCAUCAACUAUCUGAAGGCUAACACUGUUCAGUACGCGCCGCCCAAACCACAGGCGCCAAGACUCAAGCUGGUGAGCCAACAGCCAGCCUUAAUCCCCGGCCGUCAAUCUCCGCUGGGAGGUCCCCUGCCAGCACCUCCAGCUGCUCAGUUCCAGCGGUUGAAGGUGGAGGAUGCCUUAUCGUACUUGGACCAGGUCAAGUACAAGUUCAACACACAGCCUCAGGUCUACAAUGACUUUCUUGAUAUAAUGAAGGAAUUUAAGAGUCAGACUGUCGCUUCCAGGAUCGACACGCCCGGCGUCAUCACCCGGGUAUCGAACCUGUUCAAGGGACAUCCGGAGCUGAUCGUCGGCUUCAACACCUUCCUACCGCCGGGGUAUAAGAUCGAAGUACAGAGUAAUGGACAGGUCUCUGUGUCGAUGCCAUCGCCCACUGGUGCAGGCUGUCCGCCAGCAGGCGCCGUGGGCGUGGGAGUGGGCGCCAGUGGUGGCGUGGGCGUGGGCGGUGGUGGUAACGCCGUUGGCGUGACCGGUGCCGGUGUCAUGAUGGGUGUCCAUCACCCUCCACCCCAACCACAACUAGUCCAUCUGCUGCCUGUACCACAGUCUGUCAGUAACGCGAUCGUUCAUAACCUGUCUGUGAAUGCCACGGCUACCAACACCCUGCAUCAUAUAUCACAAGCUCAUCAGCAGAUCGAGGCUGCAGCCAUACACCAUCCUCCAGGUUCAGCAGCUAAUGCCAGCGCCAGUCACGCUGCUGCAGGUCAACCGGUGGAGUUCAACCACGCUAUUGAAUACGUCAAUAAGAUUAAGUCUCGUUUCUCACGCCAACCGGACAAGUACAAGCGUUUCCUUGAGAUAUUACACGCGUAUCAGAGGGGGCACCGGGAUCUCAAGGAACCCCACGCCAAGCAGCAGACGGAACAGGAGGUGUACGCACAGGUGGCGAAAUUAUUUGAGAAGCAAGACGACUUGCUGGCCGAGUUUGGUCAGUUCUUACCUGACGCGAAGGCUGUGACCAAGCCGACGCCCAUACCACCUCAUUCGAGAUCACCACCGCCGCAGGUAAAAAUUGUCCGUAUGGAAGCUGAACUAGACCGCUUCCCCAGCUCGACGCCGUCAUCCCCUCCACAUGGGGCCGUGACACACGUGACGCACGCGACACACGUGACACCAGCACCUACACCGACACACGCGGCACACGUGACUCACGUGACACACGCUCACGUCCCGCCCCAGCCACAUCCAGUACACACACAGCCGCCUGCGCCCAAACACACCAGCGCCGCAGUAGUCACGCCACAACAUCACCUCAAACGGUCGCCCAGCUUCACGUCAACAACACAAAUAAGUUCAGGUGCGCCAGCAGCCAAGCGAGCCAGGGUCCGUGAUCUAUCAGUGUCCGAGGCUGGUAAAAUGGCCGCCGCCAGUGACUAUUCGUUCUUCGACCGUGCUAGGAAGGCCUUAAGAUCGCAGCAUGUAUAUGACAACUUCUUAAGAUGUCUCCUGUUAUUUACAAACGAGAUAAUAUCAUCAUCUGAGCUGUUAUGUGUGACGGCGCCGUUUCUGUGUCGCCACCCUGAGCUACAGAAGUGGCUUCAAGACUUUGUAGGACCUGUGUCACCACCACACACACCCACAAACACACAUACAGGUGGAUACAACAAUAACUUCACAAGUUCAAGCAACCUUCUAUACGAACGUACACGUUUAGGGUCAGAGAGUAAAAAUAGAUAUGAACCCUUGGGUCCACUGGGAGCUCAAAUGAGACACGAGAGACCUCAAGGAGAUGCUGCUAUGGAUAUAGAUCUAUCGACGUGUAAACGUCUGGGCACCUCGUACUGCGCCCUGCCACGGGAAGCAGCCGCUAGGAAAUGUUCAGGACGAACACCGCUCUGCAAGGAGGUACUAAAUGACACGUGGGUGUCGUUCCCUACGUGGAGUGAGGAUUCUACUUUCGUGACAUCACGGAAGACUCAAUAUGAAGAAUAUAUAUACCGCUGUGAGGACGAGAGAUUUGAGCUGGACGUGGUCAUAGAGACGAACGCAGCAACAAUCAGAGUAUUGGAAGGAGCUCAGAAGAAGUUGUCUCGAAUGAGUCCAGAAGACGCUGCCAAGUACCGCCUGGACGACUGUCUCGGCGGACAUUCACCCACCAUACACCAGAGGGCGCUCAAGAGGAUCUACGGCGACAAGGUGGCUGUGGACAUUAUAGCUGGUUUGAAGAAAAAUCCUGUUGUGGCCGUGCCGGUAGUGCUGAGACGGCUUAAAGCCAAGGAGGAAGAGUGGAGGGAGGCACAGAAGGGCUUCAACAAACAAUGGCGCGAACAGAACGAGAAAUAUUAUCUCAAGUCCUUAGAUCACCAGGGGAUAACGUUUAAGCAGAACGAUUUGAAAGCUCUGCGCUCCAAGUGCUUGUUCAACGAGGUCGAAAGUGCGUUCGCUGUGAGGAAACCCGGGCCGCAUCUGUUGAGCGACUACGGCACCAAGUCAAGACAUGAAGCUAUCAAGAUAGCCCGUGAUGCUGCGGAAUUGCUGAUACAUCACGCUCGCCGACAGACCGGCAUCCAGAAGGCCGAGAAGAGGCGCAUCAAACUCCUGCUGAGGCAGUUCCUGCCGGAUCUCAUGGCGCAUCCGCGACUUCCGCUCAGCGACGACGAGCAUGAAGAAGAAAAGGAAGAACCAACGAGUCCCGGGAGCCCAACGGCUGAUCAGGCUGACGAGAAGACGACAGUCAAAAAUGAAAAGCAAGAGUCCUCGGAAUCCGAUAACGCGUCUGAUAAAAGUAGCCGCAACAACAAAAAUGAUAAAGAAAACAAACCAAAAAAUAACAACACGGAAACUAAAGACAGCACAAAUUCAAUAAAACGAAGCAUAAGCAAUGAGGAGGCCAGCAUCAAAAUGGAGCUAAAGAAUGAAAACGAUCUCGAAGACGACUACAGAGAUCACCCGCCUAACGAGUCCCGUUUCGUGUGUACAUCAUCGUGGUACCUGUUCCUACGGUUGCAUGGUGUGUUAUGCGCGAGGCUGUGCGGUGCUAGACAGGCGGCACAGCAGCUGGCUGCGGGUGAAGCAGCACGAGCGUCCACACGACCACCCAGCGUGGCGGCCGCGCUGCGACUGAAGCCGACAAAUCUACCAGCGGAUGCGUCAUCUCCGUCGGAGUACUACAACGCCUUACUGGAGCUGGUUAAAGGUGUCCUAGAUGGGAAUGUGGAAUCGUCGGCAUACGAGGACGCGGCCAGGGAGAUGCUUGGUAUCAAGGCUUACCCGCUAUACACACUAGAUAAGGUCGUCUCUAUCGCUGUCAGACAGCUCCAACAUUGUGUGUCUGAGAGUUGGUCGGUUCGUGCGACUGAGUUGGCAUCCCGCGGUCCCCGAGGCCCGCCUUACAUCAGACGAGCGUUGAGAGCUCUCAGACCACACCACACCGCCUUCCUUGUUACAUUUUACUUCGGCGACACAUGCAAGGUUGGCUUCGAGCUGAUGGAAGCGGCUGGCGAAGGUCGCGCCUCUCCUCACAGAGACCAGCGCUUGUCACCAACACAGUCCCGUCGAGACACGAACGGCGAUGCGUCCGUCCGUCACGGUGGCUGGUCGCCGUAUCGUUACGCGCCGAUCGCUACCAACAAGCCGGUGUUCCUGAGGCGGAACGCAAGGAGAUCGGGCGCAGGGGCGACGGGGGCGCACACCGCUAGCGCUCCGCCGGACAUCAGCGAAGCCCCCGCCCACGCCAGGAGAAGAAAACCGCCCAGGUUACACGACCACGACUGCGGAGUCACAAGCGGAGCGAGGUUAGCGGCGUGUCGUCCUCAUCAGCUAUACCGCGCGGGUUGUCUGACGGCGGCUCGCGUGUCACACGCGCGCCUCUCGGCCGCCAGGAGGACGAGGUUCAGGACCUGGUUGGACUCCAGAACACAUUAGACUAGUGCUUACUAUUAGUGCAUCCACACGGACGGUUUGGAGUUCGACGGACGUGAUAGCAUUUAGUAGACUAACAAUCUCAUAGUGGUCGCCGUGUACUGAUAUAAUACAUAUUACAAACUUAGAAUCUUCAAUAGACUUAAAGCUUACGAAGCUCGUUACAUGACUACAAGUACUUGCUAUAAUAAAAUUCAUAUUACACAAAGUCAUUUCUUCCCAAUGACGAUCUCUCGAUCAGUUUCAUAGUAACCGUAGCUUGUCGUUUUCAUUUCCGCCGUCGUGACCGUUUUACAUAUUUGAAAGAGUUUAAAUUUUGAUUUUAAUAUUCUGUGUUUCGGUUCGUAUGCUUGAAACGGUCACCCGCGUGUUAUUGUUGUGAAUCUAUUUAUUUCUUAUUCUCCGUUUCCAUCAUUAUGAUUUAAAAAGGUCAUUUUAAGAAAGGGAAGCGGGAGGAUAUUAAGAAAUCGGUCUAUAAGGAAUACAGGGUACUGUAUUAUCUCGAAUAAUUAAAAGGCAUAGCUCAAAAUUUGGACCGAUUUCGCAUCUGGGUCACGUUUUAGUGGCCCGGAGACGUAGGAUUACGAGCUACCAUAUUAAUCAGACCCCUGUAAAUAUAACUGGUUAAUGUAGUAGUAAAAGAUCUCCGAUUGAAAGUACACUUGUAUAUAGUGUGGCAGUGAUUAAGUUGAUACUGUUGAAGAACCAAUCUUGUUGAUUCAAUAAAUGACUUCAAAAUAAAUAUUAUUAUAUUUAUAAA